AUGUCGGAUUCUAACCAGGAAAGCGGACAACAACAACCGACGCGAUCCGAAAGGGUUCGGAUCGCGUCCGCAGCAGCGGCGGACGUCCGCCGGAGAAGUGCGGCGGUAAGCCGCACGUCUCCGGCGGACGUCCGAGACGUCCGCCACACGCCCACGGUGGGCGUGCAACAGCACGCCCACGGUGGGCGUGCUGAAGAAGGGGACAGACAACCUGGUAGAGGAAAGGGUCCAUUGAUACCUAUGGAUAUUGAGGGGUCGGGAGCUCGACAUAUCCGGACCCGUAAUGUGGCCGCCUCACAACGACGACAGAGAGACCAGUCGAGGACUACUGAUUCAGACGAUGGUUGGCCCGAUAUCUUCCAGAGUGAUGAUGAUCCGCAGAGUUUAGACGAGCCAGCACACCGCCCUCCCUCCCGUCGUAGGACCGAUUCAUCGUCCGUAGAGUCGACUAGACGAUCUCAGGUAAACCCUGUUGACGACUGGAUCGUUCGUGCUCCAGUGCCGGGUGGACCCCGUGACGGCACUGUGAUUCCUAGUUUUCUUGGUCAUGUUUCUUCCAAGAUAUGGGAGGGGGAGUUUAGAGGCAUGUUGAAGUGCCAGAACAGAUACUCUGCUUGUCAGAAGUUGGUGCUGUGGUAUAAGGAAACAUCAGAAGAAGUUAGGGAUUUGAUAAACCUUACCGGUUUGGCGCAUCUCCCAGAUACUAUGUAUGCUCACCUGGACGUUCCGCUUCUUUCUGCAUUUGUGGAGCGUUGGCAGCCUGACACUAGCUCUUUUCACAUGCCAUUUGGGGAGAUGACUAUUACGCUGCAUGACGUUUGGUAUAUACUCCGCAUUCCAGUCGAGGGAUCUUUGAUUACUGAUACCCCAGAUAAGUUAGAUUUGCAGCGUUCUUGUGCAGAGAUUUUAGGUAUCAGUGUAGAGAGAUUAGCUUCUGGGGGGCAUCUGGCGCAGGGAGGGAUUUUGAUUGAGUCGGUAAUCGAGUUGUGUAGUCAGGGUGCUGCGGGUGAGGCUGAGACUGAGGCCAUUGCUUGGAUUUGGUUGACUUUAGGUUGCACCUUAUUUGUUGAUAAGAGUGGACACAGGUUCAGACCGGCAUGCCUUUGGGAGGUUAGGGAUGGGUUAGGGGACGCGCCUUCUCAUUCUUGGGGCUCCGCUACACUGGCGUACCUGUAUCGGCAGCUAGGAGUGGCUUCUAGGGGUGAUUGCCAGGGGUUGUCUGGUUGUCUGACACUACUUCAGGCAUGGAUAUAUGAGUACUUUUCAUGCUUUCGACCAAACCGUGAGCGACUGAUUCUCGAUCCUGUUUCUCCUCGAGCUAGCACUUGGAGCGUAUCAUCUUCUGAGAGAGCGGAUACCCGGGUUUUUGCAUUACGCACCCGUUUAGACCAGCUUACUGCGGACGAGGUGACGUGGCUGCCUUUUGGCAUAGAUCCUGCUAUCACCGUUCCCAGGACUGCAUACAUGGGCUGGAUACAGUACAGGGACAUCUCAGAACCAUAUAUGCCUGUUAGGGUACUUCGUCAGCUGGGUUACGUGCAUAUUAUACCUCCUCCUAUUUAUCGGCCUGAGAAGGCCGUGAGGCCGUGGAGUUCACUUCGGUACGUGAUGCAGACCUCCAGGGUUGCUGCAUCUGACAGAUGGGGUAUGUUCCCAUUUGAUCACAUGCUUCCGUUCUUAAGAUUAGAUGAUGUGGCUGUUUCUCCCAGCGCGUGUGCUCCAGAGUACUUGGAGUGGUACGCCCGACAUUCGCAUCCUCGCCUGCUCAACACUAAUGCAUUACCUGCACAAGCCCGUCCUUCUCGCUCGAACACCGAUUAUUGGCUUGCUCAUUCUACUGCUUUGAGCCAGCGUUUUCUGUGCACCAUGAGUACUAUUCACGCGCAGCAUAGUCAACAUUGCGUGGUGGAUGGCAUUCCGGAGAUGGAGCAAGCCAUAGCUGCGCAUGCAGAGGAGUUGGAGCAGAUUAUGAGAGAGUUUAGACUGACUGAUUGA